AUGAACACGUCAAAGCAGGAAACUGGGCUUCAGGGCCUGCUCGCGGAGGGCCGGGCACUACAGAAGACUUUGGCGACUGCGACGACGGACCACGGCGCGUAUGUAGAGAAGUGCAUCGAAGCGAAUGAGCGCAUUCUUGCCGCCGCAAAGGGUGUGACCACAGCGUCUGUCUCAACUCAAACUGCGUUAGAGGGCGUAGAAGAAGCGAGUACAGUCAGCAUUGCUAGAGCCCCAGGCGGUCAUGCCAUUGUGCUCGUUCUCAUCGAUGGUACAAGCCACCAGUUUCUGGAUGAACUAUACCGCAAUAAGAUGUCAGGAGGAGCUGAGACAGCGAAGCGUCUUCGUGCUGUCGUGGGCGAGAGAGUUGCAGCCAUCCUUCCCGCAGUCGCACGAAGCGGGUACCAUAUCUUCAUCAAGGUUUUCGCCUGCCUGAAGACUCUCUCGACCCGCGCUGCCGCAGCUAAGCUCACGUCUCCGGAGCCUAGAUCCCUUGGGUUUCACUUCGGCGAAUUCACCAAGGUCUCUUCCUUCUUCGACUUUGUGGACACAGGCGAUGAGGGUCAUGUACCGACGAAGAUCAGUGAGUCUGCCGUGGCUGGUACUGUUGCAAAAGCACGUUCCACGAGCAACACAAGUACUUCCACCAGUCUCAUCGAUGUCAGUGGAGAUGUCGAGACUGUGGGGGCUACGUUAUACGAAGGCAAGUUGCCAUCCUGCUACAUUGACGGCCGCCUACCCGUGAAUGCGGCAGAGCAGCGCAUCGACAUUUAUGUGCCCAAGCCACCCGCAGCGGAAAUCGAUAUCUACAAGGCGCACUACAAACGGGAUAAGCUGUGCAACCAACACCAUCUAGGCAAUUCCUGCACCAUCGCAAAAUGUCGAUACUACCACGGCGUGUUGGAACCCGAAGCAUACAGGGCGCUGCAGUACCAAGUGAUUCGCCACCCAUGCAAAAAGGGUGGCCUUUGCAGAUCUUCAAAUUGUUUCCACGGACACGUCUGCCAGAGCGAAAAAUGCGCUGUAGCAGGCAAUAAGGUUAGGGGAUGUAUAAUGCCCGCUUCGAUGCACGGGAUGGAUCUUAAGGUCGCUGACUGGGUGGCCCCAUCGAAUGACAAAGUGAAGAACAAAGCUAGGCUGGCUGCACCGACCAAGAUGGAAGAUCUCCGGCCGUUCGAUGAUAUCGGAGACCUUAUCGACUUUGACUAA